CUCGUGCAUGGCCUAUGCCCCAUACAUCAAUCUUUUAAUUCUACUAUCGCGAACGAUCAUAGCGGCGAUGAACUCGUCUUCUAUGGGCCAUUCACACGACUUCUCUACACCCUUUUCUCUCUUGAAGGCCCAUAUGAAAUUUCCUCAAUUGACUUGACCGUCGUUUUUGUAUCACUAUCCCGUUUUCUUCGAUCCCCUACCUCAUUUUCCAAUCCGUCUGUAGAUUGCGGGCGAGAUGAGUAUCUACGUAGAUCCGUGGUCCAGUUUCACGCAAUGCUAGUGCAAUUACCGCCACAUUAAUAUUGCGAUGAUUCUGGCAAAAUCGACUGCUUAUGGCGUUCCAGAAAGGCAUCCCAGUAACCGUAUCAUUGCCACCUCGAGGCUGUGGUCAUCUUAGCGAAAUGUUAUAAUCCGCGUCCAUCAUGAUGACAAGUUGGUCAUCUAGUAACUAUCCUCUCCCCUCCGUCAUGGCAGCUUCUUCCAAGCCAACAGAACACAAUUGGCAUCCAUCCAGUCUUCUUCCCUAUGAUGCACUCCCGAAUCGCCAGGAUGACUUCGACUUGAUAAUGUCUAGUGUGAAGUCCACUGCUGGGACUGGAACCGAUUUCUACGACCGUAGUUUG